AUGGCCUCGUUCUACAGAAUCGGCGUUGAUGUUGGCGGGACCAACACAGACGCUGUCAUCAUUGAUAUAAAAGCUUCUGAUCGACUGGGGCGUGGAGUCCUGGCGUCGUACAAGACGCCGACUACAAUAGAUAUCACCAGUGGUAUCGAAGCCGCCAUAGCCGAAGUCUUACAAUCGUCUGGAGUUGACAAGCAGCGUGUACUCAGUGUCAACAUUGGAACCACGCAUUUCAUCAAUGCCUUGAUCGAGGCCGACAGUCGACGAUUGGAUCGCGUCGCUGUGGUACGACUGUGUGGUCCUUUCACGAGGCAGCUUCCACCUUUCUCCGACGUCCCCGAAGGCCUCCGCAACGUUCUUGAUGGGGGAGCAUACUUCCUUGAUGGUGGCCUUGAGAUCGAUGGGCGGCUGAUAGCCAACCUCGAUGGACAGCAAAUAGUCGAGACAGCUAAAGCCAUUGCAGCUGCAGGUGUACCUGCUGUAGCUGUGGUUGGCGUGUUCUCCCCAAUUUCAUCUGAGCAAAAUCAGGAAGAAGAGUGCAAGAGGCUGAUCACCGAGAGCGUUCCAGGGCUAAAGGUUGUCUGCUCCCACUCUAUUGGGCCGAUAGGACUUCUGGAAAGAGAGAACGCGACGAUUCUCAAUGCCGCUAUCCUCAACACAGCGGGACGAGUGACGAGAGGCUUCAAAGCAGCGAUGCGUCGUCUCCGCCUGAGCUGCCCACUCUACCUAUCCCAGAAUGAUGGUACUCUGAUCGACGUCGAUAGUGCCGCACAGUACCCGAUCAAAACGUUUGCAAGCGGGCCGACGAAUUCCAUGAUUGGGGCAGCUUUUCUAUCUGGUCUUGACAAGCUGAAGCCGCCAGCGUCGGAGAAUUCGGAGACCUCUGCGACAACGAAUCCUCAGAUCUUAGUAGUCGACAUAGGUGGAACAACGACAGAUGUUUGCGCCCUUCUACCCUCAGGAUUCCCUCGUCCGGCGCCUGGCUUUGUUGAGAUUGGCGGCGUCCGCACAGCGUUUUCGAUCCCAGAAGUCGCCUCAAUUGGCCUCGGCGGCGGUAGUGUGGUCAAUUGGAAAUCGCCACAAGCGAAUCAGCGAAGUGAAGUCAAGGUCGGUCCUUCUUCCGUUGGACACGCGCUCCACAAAGACGCCCUGGUCUUUGGAGGCCAAACUUUCACUGCGACCGACGUUAUCGUAGCGGCUGGUAAACUUGCGCUCGGUGAUGCCAGCUUGACAUCCUAUAUUCCCAGCAAUAUCGUCAUGGCAGCACAAGCAGAGAUCAAGAGCACGCUCGAGACUAUCGUGGACAAAAUGAAAGUGUCAAGAGCUCCGGUCCAUGUGCUCCUGGUUGGUGGUGGAGCUGUACUUGCGCCUGAAGCCUUACAAGGCGUGGAGAAAUGUACACUGCCGCCUCAUGCUGGGGCAGCCAAUGCGGUGGGAGCUGCCAUAGCUAAAGUGUGCGGGGAAAUCGACGUGGUGGUGAUGAUUGAUGGUAAGUCCGAGGAGGCCGUUGUCACUGAAGCAAAGACGAAGGCCAUAAAUAUGGCUGUCGAGAAGGGUGCGCUGUUCAACGACGUUGAGGUGGUCGAAGUGAACAAGAUGCCUUUGCAGUAUACCCACAAGCCGGCUAUGCGAAUACAAGUUAAGGCGGUCGGUCGAUUGGCAAGAUUCGACGAAUCCACGCCACCAGCAUCGCCACCAAGCGAUGGUAAACUGGACGAAGAAGUCGCUGAGAAGAACGAGGAGCCAAAGUUGCUCAACACUGACCCUAUCUCGGUUGUCUCCUCUAUCAAGCCGACGUUGAAUGUGUCGCUGUCCGAAUACCGACCUGAUGUCCGUGAUCAAGUCUGGCAUGUAUCCAAGGUCGAUCUGGAACUCAUUGCCACAGGUUGCGGUGUGCUCGGGACAGGUGGAGGUGGUUCAACACAUUACGAAUUUCUCAAGAGCUUGACAAAUUUGAGAGCCAGUGGCAAAGGAAGUAUGCAGGUUGUCUCCCCUGAAUCUCUGAAGGACGAAGACAUUGUCUGCUCCGCUGCCUGGUACGGAAGCCCAAGUGUUCUCAACGAGCGAAUCGGGGCUGGGACUGAGCAAGCUUUGGCGAUGGACGGCAUGAAGCAGAUCCUUGGUGGCGGAACGUCUUUCCAAGCUUUCAUAGCGCCUGAGAUUGGGGGCGGAAACGGCAUAAGCUCCUUCCACAUCGCUGCCUCGAUGGGUAUACCUGUCGUCGACGCUGAUUCCAUGGGCAGAGCUUAUCCAACGAUUGGCCACACAACCUUCAACGUAUACGGAUAUCCUCCGGCCCCUUGUGUUCUUACCGACGCACGAGGCAACAUGGCAGCCAUGAUGAACAUUGAGCACCCUCAGAGACUGGAAGGUAUGAUGCGGAAGACAGCCGUUGAGCUAGGUCUGGCCUGCGGUGUCUCAUCAGCACCCCGUACUGGUGCUGAGGUCAAAAGCCAUGCGGUACCACGCACCAUGUCACUGGCUUGGUAUAUCGGACGGUCCAUCCACCUAGCCAGGCAGCAGAAGACCAGUUAUACUGACGCAAUCUUCGACGUUUGUCCCGGUAAGGUGCUGUUCAAAGGCAAGAUUGUCGACGUCCGUCGCUUUGUUGGCGGCGGCUACACGCUGGGGUUCGUACUUGUCCGUGGAAACAGUGAAGCCGGGAAAGUUUCUGGGAUAGACACAGAGCCUCACAUGUACAUUCCGUUCCAGAACGAGUAUCUGUACGCAGCGACAUCUGAUGCUGAGGGCUCUGAGUCGUCUCGGAAGGUAGUUUGCACGGUACCGGAUUUGAUUUCAAUUCUCGGCCAAGAUGGGGAAGCGAUUGGGUCGCAGGAUCUCAGGUACGGGUUGAAUGUGGACGUCAUUGCCAUGCCAGCACAUCCACUAUGGCGAACGGAAAAGGCGCUGAAGAUUGGUGGGCCAGAAUUCUUUGAUCUGGACAUGCCUGUGGUGUAUGGUGGAGGUAAUGGAGGUUUUGGCAUGGGUAGGAGUGUCAUUGGGGAGUUUGGGAGGAGCUUUUAG